UCUUAAUAAAUCUUAUUAUGUAUAAAAAUGAAGGGAUAAUUUUGAAGGAGAAACAAAUAAUAGCAAUGGAUUGAUGAAAUAUUUAUAGUGGUAGUUAGUUAUAAAGUUUUUACGUUUGUAGGGGAAAUCAGUUAAUUCGGUUAUCAAGAUCAAGAAACUUGAAAGGGGGUUUCUUGAUUUUUAAUUUUUUUUUUUUUUUAAACUUUUAUAAAAUAUAUUUCUUUAAUUUACCGUUUAUUGAUAGAAAAUUUAACUUUUAGUUGAUAAAUACUUUGGAAAAUAAAGUAAAAUGUAACUGAGCUCUCAACUUUAUAACAUUAUAAAAUAUCUAUACAAAUUUUGUAGCAAUAAUAACGUGGUACAUUCCUAUGAUAGUAUGAUGUCAUAAUUAGAAUUCAAAAUUAAAUUUUGCUAAUAGUCUUUAUUAUUCAAUAUUUACUCUUUUAAUUGGCUUUCUACUUUAGGGUGCAUGUACUACUCUCCCUAAAAAUGUAUUCAUAACUUUUACUAAUAAUGUGAUAUUAUAAGUAUCUUAUGAUUAGAAACAAUACAGUACUAUGGAUUAUUACGGCUAGUGCUAUACGACAUCAAAUGUACACCAAACUUUAAUAAUAAAUGAGUGACAAAUUAAUCAAUAUUAACACUUUAGCCCAAAAUUACGUAUUAUUAAGUAGUAAAGCCAAUCUUUAUUAUAAAAAAAUUAAUAAAUAAAUAAAAAAAAUAAAAAAAAAUAGUAUAGCCAAUCUUUUUGUAAAAUUAAAACACAUAAUUUCUUUACAAAGAAAUUUAUUAAUGUGAAAAUCAAGAAAUGGUAUUUUGGUUUCUUGAUUACCGACUUCAUCCCAAUUGUUAUAAAUAGAUAUAAAACCAUAAUUCUCAUUUUUGUUGUCACAUUCCACCAUACUUUCUUCAAUAUAAAUAAACUCUAACGUUACUCACUUGAACACAAAUCAUCCUUUUUUUUUGAAACCAAAAACACAAAUAAUCCUUGUUCACUUUCAAUUUCUUUUUUCUUCUAGCCCUAUCUCUAUUAGAUUUGUCACACAUGGCUUCAACUUCACAGGGAGGUAACAACAAUGAUGACAACGAGACGGAUUCUAGUGGGCGAUACGAAAGGUACAAUGAGAUCAUUGGAACAGGUAAAACGAAAACAGUUUACAAGGGCUACGAUAAAGAAGCUGGUACCGAAAUCGCUUGGUCUAAAACACAUAUAACAAAGGAUUUAGAAAAGAACGAGGAAUUUCUUAAGCUAUUAUUGUUAGAAGGUGAUCUGAUGAAGUUGUUAGAUCAUGAAAACAUAGUUAAAUGCUAUGAAUCUUGGAUUGAUAACGAAAAGAAAACCAUUCACAUGAUUACUGAGUACUUUCCUUCAGGAAAUUUACUGCAGUAUCUCAGAAAACAUAAGUCUGAAGACAAUAAUGCCGCGAUCAAGAAUUGGUGUAGACAGGUUCUGAAUGCGAUAGCUUAUCUUCACAGUCAAACUCCGCCGAUUGUUCACCGUGACAUUAAGCUCGAAAACAUCUUUAUCAAUGAGGAGACAGGAAGUGUUAAACUCGCAGAUUUUGGAUUCGCGCUAAGUCUUGAACAGGGGACCUGUAAUAGGAAAUAUGGUACGCCGCGUUACAUGGCACCAGAGGUUCAUAAGGGAAAGGAUUAUAAUCAGCUGGCUGACAUAUACUCUUUCGGGUUGUGCGUACUAGAGAUGGUCACAGGCGAACAACCUUACAGCGAAUGCAGUUCAAACAUCAACUUUUUAUUAAUGGUUGCAGACGGUGUUAAGCCUCCAGAACUGAGGAAAGUGAAAGAUGGUGAUGUACGACUUCAUUUAUAA